UGGUCCUUCACCUCCUUUACUACUUCUACUACUAUCAUCUCUCUCUAUAUAGUGGACCGACCUCUCCUUGACCAAUCACCAUUUGUCCCCCUUUUUCCAGAAACAAAAAAAUCAGAAACUGAAAAAACAAGAGAGAGAGAGAAAAAUCAAAUAAACCAACAAAUUAUGUGUUUUGAGAAGCAAAUUGUUGUGUUACCACAAGAGAAAAUUAUGGAACAAAAUAAUAAUCUUCAAAUUUCUUCAAGAUUUAAGAGUGUUUGUGUUUUCUGUGGUAGUAGCACUGGAAAGAGAGACUCCUACAGAGAAGCCGCCAUUCAGCUUGGCCAAGAACUGGUUGCAAAAAGAUUAGAUCUUGUUUAUGGAGGUGGGAGUAUUGGACUAAUGGGUUUAGUCUCUCAAACUGUUCAUCAAGGUGGAGGCCAUGUUAUUGGAAUUAUACCCAAGUCUUUAAUGGGAAAAGAGCUUACUGGAGAAACAGUUGGAGAACUGAGACCAGUUGCAAAUAUGCACCAAAGAAAGGCUGAAAUGGCCCGCCACUCUGAUUGUUUUAUUGCUCUUCCAGGUGGGUAUGGAACAUUGGAAGAAUUACUGGAAGUUAUAACAUGGGCACAACUGGGAAUUCAUGACAAACCUGUGGGUUUGCUUAAUGUUGAUGGUUAUUACAACUCUUUGCUAACUUUCAUUGACAAAGCAGUGGAUGAUGGUUUCAUCCCUCCAUCACAGCGCCACAUUUUUGUCUCUGCCCCUACUGCUAAAGAACUUGUUCAGAAGCUUGAGGAAUAUGAGGCAGUAAAUGGAGUUUUAGCCAAGUCAAUGUGGGAGGUAGAGCAGCAACAACAACAGGUUGUGUUCAACACUCCAACUUUGCAGACUGAAGUGGCUAUCUAAAGAUGAUCAUCAAGAAAUCAACUUUUUUUUUUUUUUGUUUAAAGUUUUUGCUGCUGAUUGAAAGGGAAAAUAGCUUAAAAGAAGGAUGAAGAAGAAAAUUCCUUUUGGGGUCCUUUUUAACUAUAGCAUGGUAAAAAAAAACUCAAUUUAGUAAUUACUGACCACAUGAAAAGGUAAAGUACUGUUUGGCCAAUCCAUGAAGUGAAUUAGGUGAUGGAAUGUUGCAAGAUGUUUUUGGUCAUAGCUUUUGGCUCUCUUUUUUGAAUCCGUCUAACGUUUGCUACAUCCAAAAAAGAAAAAUACCUAAUGUCAUAUUUAAGGUGGUCAUGGUUGUAUGUAAGUUUCUAACUUUCUAUCAUCAAUGAAUUGUAUGUAAACCAGAUUAUAAUGAUAGUACUUUUAUUUUAUGUA